AUAUAUAUAUUGAUUCGAAGUUCGGAGUAAACGGUCAGCGCUUAACGAAGAAACAAAGCCGGAGAAGAGGGCUUUUUCUUAGCGGGAGCAUUAUCUUAUCCUUUUCCCGUAUAUCUACAAGAGCAUGGAUCGGUACCAGAAGGUGGAGAAACCAAAGGUGGAAACACCAAUUGAUGAGAAUGAGAUACGUAUUACAAGCCAGGGAAGAAUGCGGAGCUAUAUCACUUAUGCGAUGAGUCUGCUUCAGGAGAAGGGUUCAGAUGAAAUUUUGUUCAAGGCAAUGGGGAGAGCUAUCAAUAAAACUGUUACAAUUGUGGAAUUAAUUAAGAGGAGAAUUGUUAGUCUUCACCAAAUUACAUCAAUCCAAUCCACUGACAUAACUGACACAUGGGAACCCCUAGAGGAAGGCCUCCAGACUCUGGAAACCACAAGGAAAGUUUCAAUGAUAACAAUUAAGCUCUCCAAAAAGGAGUUGGAUACCACAAAUAUUGGGUACCAACUACCAUUACCAGCUGAUCAGGUGAAGGUGUCAACUGAGCUCGAGUAUGAAGGAGAUGGAUCUGCCGCUACUCAAAGAAGAGGUCGAGGUGGCAGAAGGCUGGGGAGGUCAAGAGCCACAUCUGGUAUGGAUUCUGGAAAUGGUUUUUCAUCUGCUGAGUAUGAGGAUGGAAGUUAUGGGUGGAAUCGUGAGUACCCCAGGGGUAGGGAACGAGGCAGAGGUCGCAAUUUCCGUGGUCGUUGGAGGGGAGGGUACAAUGGUCCGCAUGUGGAUAUUCAGAUUGACAGUGAAGGCUAUAAUCAAGAACCAUCGGUUCGAGGUACUUCAUAUAUUUUGUUCGACAUUGCUUGA